AAAAUAUACUAUUUGCAGAAGGAGUAGAUGUUCUUAAGAUCAGUGAUUUUGGUAUGAGUGCUCCGAUCACGAAAGGCGAUAUGAUGAAAACAGGUUGUGGAACUAUGGCCUAUUCCGCGCCCGAAAUAUUAAAAGGAUUAGAUUAUAAUGGACCGAGGGUGGAUGUAUGGAGUUUAGGCGUGACUCUAUACUACAUGGUUUGUGGGCGGUUACCGUUUGACAACCCGUCACCCACUGAGAACGUCACAGACAUCAUCGAGGGCAACUUCGAACUCGAUCACUUAAACCACCCCACCAGAAAGAAUCAGACCAUCAAACUUAGCAAGAAGCUGAAGGAUCUCAUAAAGUCCAUGUUGACUGUGGACCAGAACCUCAGAUCCACCAUGGACGACAUAGUUGAGCAUCCGUGGCUAGACAAUAAAUUUAAAAAGUACUAUCAAGAAAAGGGGCUGUCGAGUCUCAAACUGACCCCGGAGGAGGACAUUGCCGUUAAAAAGGAUGUGAGCGCAUUAGG